AUGGCCGCCGUGUUCGACUGCCUGACGUCACCGUUCUGCUCCAUAUGCUGCGGCGGGUUGUCGGUGUUCGCCAUCUGCAUACUCAUCCCGCUCGGGUCGCUGUUCCAGAAGGACUACCGGUUCCUGGGCGAGGACUGGAUGACGGAGGCGAGGGGCGAGGGCGAGCACCUCAUCGCGGCGAGGAACUGCUUCAUCACGGCCGCGUUGUACGGGGGGUUCUUAGGGUUGUCGGUCAUGUGCUGCAUGAACAACAAACGGAGGGGGCGCAUGUAG